AUGUCUGAAACACUUGAGAAAGACAAGAAACUUGGUCAGGAGGAAGAUGAAGUGGAAGAGGAGUAUGUAUUGCUGGAGUUGGACGAUUGUCUUUACUCAGACAUAUCACCAGGUGCUCCGUUUGUACUCUCUGGUUUGGAUACACUAACGCCUACCUUGACAGUAGGCAAUGGUCUGAAGAUGAUUGGAGAAUACGAGGAAACUGUUGGCACAUGUUAUCUAUUCUCUGAAAGUGAAGCUCAACCAAAACCUCUUAGUAAUGAGACGCCAUCUUCUGAAGAAAAUACAGGCAACCCAACCAGCAGUGGUAAGGAAGGUCCCUCAAAGGAGGUGAAUCAUCUUGCAAGCGUUCAAAAGAUCCUCAAAUUCCGGCCAGUCAACGCAGAGCGUCCGAAGCAUUUAGCGUAUCAGCACAAGGACAAGGAAAUUUGA